AUGGCUCCGUCGCCACCGCUGCCCGAUCCUGCACAGGAGCCGCCAUCACAGUCCAAGUAUUCCGCCGUCUCGCGAUCCGUCUCGCGCCUCGACGAAGAUGACCGUUCCUGGGAGCAUACCAUUCGUCUAGUGUCCCCCGAGCCUGUGCUGUCGCCGCCGACCGCCGCUCACUCGCGAGAGUCUUCUGCAGAAAAGAUCCCUCGCCUUCAGCCCUCUCUGACCUCGCCGCGAUCCGCCACCGGUACUGCCGCCCGACAAAACAUCGACGCCACGCGUGUUGCUGCCUACGGACACCACCGGCAGACUUCCAUCGUGCACGGCAUACAGCACUCGAGAAAUGGGAGCAUUGCCAGCUCCGCCUCGAGCCCCCUGAGCCCUCAGAUGAUAGCCGCCGCUGGCGCCGGACUCGACAUGGACUCGGUCACUGGCAGGAUGGAUACUGUCACAACAGCAAAUUCACCUGCACAGGCGGGUAGCAUAUCACCAGCUGCGAUGGAAAAGUCGGCUUCAGCGAAUGACGUGCCCGCUUUCGGCUUUACCCAGCGCAAGAUCGAGCAUAUACAUACUAAAUCGCGGCGCGAUCACCCGAACCACCACUCACACUCUUCUCGACACCGUGACGAUCAGAAGACCGUCGGGGAAUACGCCCUGCACGUUCUCUUCACCUCCUUCAUCGCACAAGCCGAAGAAAAAUUGAACGAAUGCAUCACUGUCCCCUUCGAUCCCGAACCAAGUGUCGACCAUAUAUGCGGCCCUGGCGUUGACACCGCUUUUGACCAGCUUAUUGUCGCUCUAGGUCAUAUUGCGAAACCCAAACCGAAAGCUUUGAUUGAUUCAAUGAUGCUCUGGCGUAAAAGCAAGAGCGACGCCGCCAACGACGCCCGCAGCCAGCUCCAGCAAUCGCGAAAUAAUGCGCCCAGUACACCAUUGAUGCGAAGAAACACAGAGCCUACUGGCGUAAGCCCCGCUGAAAAUGCGUUUCCGACAGGCGUGUCCCUCAGCGCAAAGCAAGAAUACGUUGCCCAGCAAGAACGCCGUUCUACAGUCUCAAUUUAUAUACUGUGUCGCGUGCUCGUUGAAGUCAUUAGCCAAAGCAGUCUUGCACAAAUCACGCCGGAAAUGGAGGAUAAGCUGGAGAGCAUCAUCUUUGGGCAGCUGAAAAUCGCUGAUCCUGAACAGUUGACCGUCUCGCCCCUGAAAAUGGCCAACUGGAACCUUUUUGCCCAGCUUCUUGGAUACAUGAGCGACAUCAACUUCAAAGGAAUCACUCGUCGUUUCAUUGAGGACCUGGGUGCUUGUCUCCAGGAACGUACUAUGAAGAGCCCAACUUCAGCCUCGGGUCGCGAAGUAGAGGGCAAAAUCGAACUAGUUUUGAAUGGAAUGAAACACCUGCGCGUCAAGGUGUCGCCUGAGGAGUCUUGGGAGCAGUCCUGCGAUUUUCUCAUCAAAUUGGGUCGACUAUUCAGCAAAUCCCAUGGCCAAAGAGUUAAGUCCGCCUUUUGCCAGGUGCUUGAUAUGCUGCUGCGGCCCAUCGCGGCCGUGGCUCUUGAUAGUCAUCUCAUGCAAGCUAAAUGGGCCGAUGUCCUUUCUGCCAUCGGGCCUCGCCUCGGACAAAUGUAUCUGAAACCGAGGCACUGGGCUGUCUCUUUUCCCCUCCAAGCUACCCUAGUUUGUGCUUCCUCACCGGAAAACUUCACAGCGCAGUGGUUACAGCUCAUUAUGCCACUGCAAACCAAGAUCAAGGAUAGAUUUACAAAGCCUCUUUGCCUGCAGGUUGUUUGUCGCCUGGUCUGGACCUAUUUAUACCGCACAAACGACAGUCCGUCGAGUGCCUUGAGGAAGCUUGAUGAUGUCAUUCGACUUGUCAUGCCUUCCUCCAAGCGCAGUCUAAUUGCUACUGAUGUUGCUGUCACCGAACCUCUAAUCCAGCUCAUUCGCAUCAUCGGCUUCAAAUACCCAGAAUUUUGCUUCAAAAACAUAAUAUUUCCUCUGAUCAACCCCGACUAUUUCAUGCAUAACAAGGAGCUCAAGGUGGAACAGCUUGACCCCGACAAGAUCGUGAUUGGCAUUCGCGCAUUCCUCAGCAUCAUGUCAGACCUCGAAAGAGGUGAACAAGGCCAGCCUCCCUUCCCGCAAACUUUUGAAGGCGCAUCAACUUUUGACAGAUUUCCCAUGUCUCCUGUAAUGCCCAUGAAGCCGAGAUCACCUUCAAGUCCGGCCCCUUCUCCGAAGAGAGAGACCGUCUCACGUCCGGUGCUCACCUCUGUCCUGACGGAUGGGGUGCGCGAAUACUACUUGAAGUUUUGUGAAGUUUUAGGCAAGAUUGCUAUCCUAUGCGACAAUACCUUCGGUGGGCAAGCUGCUCUGGAUGAAAAGUUUAAUAGCCCAGGACCUAAGACGCCAAUCUCCGAGUCCUUCACCUUUUCGCGCAAAGAUGAUGCUCAAACCGCCCAAGAUCAACGGCAAGCGUUCUAUGAACUUCUCCAUGUUGCUGUGCAGGCGCUACCCCGAUGUCUACCCACCGGCAUACAACUCAAUACCCUCAUCAACCUGCUCUGCACUGGUACUGCGCAUGUCCAAUUCCACAUUGCAGAUUCAUCCGCCGAUUCUCUCAAGGCCAUUGCCAGGCACGCUCAUGCUCAGCAAGUCACCAUGGGCUUCGCAAGAUUCAUAUUUAACUUUGAUGGACGCUAUUCGACAAUGUCCGACGGUGGAAUGCUUGGACCAGGACAUAUUGAGAAUACCUUGCGCCUCUAUGUUGAGCUGUUGCAAAUCUGGAUUGAAGAAAUCCGACAAAAGACCAGAGACGCAGCUUCGCCACAGGGCGAUUUGAAGGGAACUGGCCAAAGAGCGCUAAAGCUGGACUUGUCUCAGGUCUGGGCUGAAGUCGAUCAAGCUGAGGCUCAUGGCCUCUUUUUUCUCUGCUCUCAAUCUCGCCGCGUACGCCACUUUGCCAUUACCGUAUUGAGGCUGAUUACCGAAUUCGACAAGGCCCUCGGUAAGGACAACGCAGACGAGAAGGACACUUUGAGGCUCAUCGAUAUUCUCGAGAACGAUUCUAUCCAGGUGAUGAACUUUAACGAGGAAAGCCUUUCUGUGGCAGAGCGAAGCCGUCUACAACGCGGGCUACAAAAUUCGAAUAGCAAAGGAGCCGUUGUUGAACUUUGCACUAGCGACAUCUCAUACGAUGCAACGCUGUGGUUCAAAAUUGUACCAAACCUAAUACGCAUCUUCUUCGAGAGAUGUCCAUUCGCCGUCACAAUUUGCCGCGAUCUGAUCUGCAAUCGCAUUCUUCAAAUGUACAAGCCUAUUGUCUAUCUUUCAGAGCCCUCUCGCGGCCUGUAUGGUGGAGAGUCCGGAAAUCAGCGCAUCGGCAACAGAUCUGCGGCGGCACACCCCGAGGUCUUAAUUGAGCAGUGGAAAUUAUAUCUGAUAUUUGCUUGUACCACUAUGGCCGACCCGGGAGCGCUACCGGCGCCGGCUAACCCCCAAGACCAACAACAUUUACGAAAAGGCUCACGCGCUAUGUCAACCGAUAAGAUCGUGACGGCGAGGACCUUGUUCAAAUAUCUCAUUCCCCUCCUGUCGGUGUCCUCGGCAUCAGUACGCGACGCUGUUGUAGUGGCAAUGGGAUCAAUCAACAUCCAUAUUUACAGAUCUUUGUUGGAGGAACUGCAAGGCCAAGUCGCCCGAUGCAAUGACGAGGCUAGGGCCAGAAUUCACCAACGGACAAACAGCAGCCCUCGACGAAAUCGCAAAAUGGACUUGUUACGAACAGAAAUUACGCACGUCUUCAAGUUAACAUCCCACUUCUUACGAGAUGAACGUGUAUAUGGCAACGAAUUCUUCCUAACAACGCUGACGGCUUAUGCCAAAGAUUUGAAGCUAUUCCUCAUGGAUGGUGAAGUGCAGAUGGAUUGGGAGUUCCAGAAGCUGCGACAAUACUACUGCGGCUUAAUGGAAAGCUUAUUCGAGGGAAUUAACCGGUCCAAGGAUCCCUCACGGUGGAUGACUUUCGAGUCACGAAAGUCGGCCUUUUCCUUGAUGGAAGAUUGGUGUGGCUUUUCACCGAAUCAGAACCAAAUCCGCGUCCGAGAAGAUACAAUGAGGCAAUCCGUCAUUGACCAGCAGUCCUUGGGGGAGCGCGGAACUGUGACGGCGGCCAUGGAGAUUGAGAAACGAAACCUGCGCAACGCUGCGCUGAGUGCCAUGGCAGCACUUUGUGCAGGCACGGUUACUUUUACGACCGAGAGUGGCGUGACACUGCAGUUUGACGUGCGCCGGAUGCUGGCUUGGAUUGAAGCCAUCUUCAAUUCUGGCAGUGACCGUAUGAAUGUCACUGGCCGACUGGCGCUCAAGAACCUUGUCAUCCACAAUAGAGACUACCCAUAUCUAUUGGAUCGCUGCAUCACACGCUGCUAUCUUGCUGAGGCACCCAAAGUGCUCGAAAGCUACUUCAUGGUUACCAUGGAUGUGCUCCAAGAAUGCCCAGAGUAUCCUUGCCCAUUUUGGAAAAUGCUUGGUCUCUGCCUCUUCACUCUUGGAAAUGAGCAGAGCCAAAUUCGAUCAAAGUCUGCCGCUGCGCUCCGCUCACUCGAGAUCAGACAGCAGCGCAAUUCCAAGAUCCGCGAUUUUGACAUUAGCAUUGCGGACAAGACUCAGGUGGUAUAUAAGCUGGCACAGUUUGAGAUAUCAAAGCGACUCGCAAAUUCGUACACCGAGUUGGCCUUUCAUGUCAUUUCCGAGUUCACUCUCAACUUCAAGGAUCUCCAGCCGCAUGCACAGCGAAAUAUCGUUGCUGUUAUCCUGCCUUGGAUUCAGGCGAUUGAGUUGAAACUCGAUCCGAAUGGCGGACCCACGGCCCAAUCAUAUGUCCUGCUCGCCAACCUGCUUGAAAUUACGAUCAAGUCAAGCGGUGCCCUCCAUAAUGAAGUUCAAGCACUGUGGCAGGCCCUGGCAACAGGUCCGCAUCCGGGAAAUGUGCGGUUGGUCUUGGACUUUAUCAUGCAACUGUGUCUUGAGCGAAGAGAGCAGAACUUUGUUGAAUAUGCAAAGCAGAUUGUCGUCUUCUUGUCCACAACGAGUGGCACGCCAGGUAUCAAGGUCGUCGAAUUUCUGCUGCUACAAAUUACACCCAAGGCUAUGGUGCCCAACGAGAAGCGAGACUCGAUACCUCCUCCACCCGACGUGAGCGCCUUUCCUUACUGUGCCGAUCUUAACGAGGCUCUCCCAGUUGGAACCAAGCAAGCAGGAUUCUCACUCGGGCAGCUGUCUUUGAUCCUACUAGUUGAUCUGAUGGUCGCGCCAGUGAACCUGUCACCCGAAAAUAUUCCUUCCCUUCUGCACGUGGUGACGGUUUUGUGGGAUCAUUAUACGCCAUUGGUGCAGGAGCAGGCCCGUGAGAUGCUGGUACACCUGAUACAUGAGCUAGUACUCUCGCGGAUGGACGAGAAUCUUCACGACACAAGAAAGCAGGCCAUUGAGGAACUCAUUGACCUGGUACGCGGCCAUGACCGCGCUGUCGUGUGGAGCUACGAAGACAGCAAUGGCAAGGUGGAUGAGCAAGAUAACAAGGUCCCUCCAAGCAUGGAGUAUCUUACGGCCGAAGUGUUGCAAACCUUUGAGCCUGCGUAUCCCGGCAUCAAGGAGCAAUGGGGAAGGCUUUCGCUUACUUGGGCCACGUCAUGUCCCGUCAGGCACUUGGCCUGCCGCUCGUUCCAAAUUUUCCGCUGCGUUCUGACAUCCUUGGAUCAGUACAUGCUCGGCGACAUGCUGGCCCGACUUUCGAACACGAUUGCCGACGAAGACCCAGAGAUCCAGUCAUUUUCAAUGGAGAUUUUGACGACUCUCAAGACCCUGAUUGUCAAACUCGAGACUGAUAAGCUGCUCACAUUUCCUCAGCUCUUCUGGACUACAUGUGCUUGUCUCGAAUCGAUCAAUGAACGAGAAUUUCGAGAAGCCGUGGACAUGCUCAGCGAGUUUGUAGGCAAGAUUGACCUGCGAUCUGCUAACAUUCGACGCCUUAUUGCGGAUGGGCAGCCACCUCGUUGGGAAGGGGCAUUCGACGGUCUGCAGCCUUUGCUCCACAAAGGCCUACGCUCGGCCCUGUGCUGGCAGCCGACAUUGGAUAUCAUGGAGCAGCUUGUGAUGCUUCCAAACGAUCCCCUUAUUGGCGAUGACCAGCGUCUGUUUUUUACGCUACUGGCCAACUUUCCGCGAUUCCUCAAUGAUUUGGAACAACGGAGCCUGCCAGCAGAUGACAUUCUGCAGUCAGCACGCGUCUUACUUGCAGAGGCAGACCGGCAAGGCCUGGAAGGUCUGGCCGUAGUCUUGGAUGACUAUGUCAAUGGCGAAAUCCAAAGCGGCAGCGAUCUCCUGACAAUGUUAUUCGGAGCGCUGAAAGAGUACUACCUUCCCAAGCUCGAUUUCAAGAUGGUGACAUUUUUGCUUGGGUUGCUGACAAAUUCGAUCAACUGGGUUAAAGUCCAUACAAUGCGCGUUCUUUGCGUUGUGAUCCCGGAAGUGGACAUGCGCAAUCCGGAACUCGCUGGCCAUGGCUCUGAUCUUCUUUCGCCAUUGCUCCGUCUGCUCCAGACCGAUCUGUGCAUGAAUGCGCUUCAAGUACUUGACAAUAUCAUGACCGUCUCAGGUAGCCACAUGGACAAGCACCACUUACGGAUGAGUAUGACGCGCGCCACCUCCAAAGUCAUUCGCAAGGAGUAUGAACGCACGCAGAGCCUAUUUGGUAUCCCAGAAGCAUCAGGUUGGGCGAUUCCGGUGCCAGCAAAGAAGACAGAAGCCACUCGCGCUAAUAUCCAUGCUGCAUUCUACAUGUGCCAAAGCGCAGAGGGAUCUUCCACUGAAGCCACACCAACGGCCGAAGUUGAAUUUCACAACGACGACUUUGCGUACGGAUACUUUGACGCAGACGAGCGCACUGGAACUAUGUUUUCCGACGAUGGUCGGGCGGAUACCCUGGUUGGAGAUCUCGUCACCAAGCUGGACAGUCUGGACGACUUUUUCGACGAGCCGUCAAGCCCUCAUACGGAUGACGACGGCCGGUCAUCGAGAACGGUGACCGAGUAUGAGCCGGAUGCGUUUGAUUCGGAGACGCAGUUGUAUGACGAGCAGAUUCUGCCGAUCCUUCACCAAGCAUCAAGCAACACGUCGUUCCAGAAUGGCUUUGCUGACAGACCACCUGCGAUGUCCCGGGAAGCAAGCGCCAACGCCAUGAGCCCUGGCGCCUUCAAUAUCGUGACUUCGCCCCGGCCCGGCCUGCAUUCGCGCUCCAUCACUUCCCCGUCAGCGCCAGCGUCAUACUACCCACAUAUGGCGGGCGACAUGACGUCUGAUGAGGAAUACCUUUCGGGCGGCUUCUCAGACGCUGACGACGAGCGACCCAGUGCGGCCGCCAAUAUUGGCAGCGUGUUCUUCCUCGAGAACAUGGUGAACCGGCCGUCAUCCAAACCCGAGGUCAUCACCACCGCAGCGACACCGUUUGCGGCUGCGACUUCCUCAAACUUGAGGAGGCUGACGAGCCGGUCCCGGGAGGAGCACCGAGCGCGCGAAAAGACGCCGCCGCAGCCGGCGCCCAAAAUGCCAGGAACAAACCCGAACGUGUUUGGGGGCGGGCAACACGAUCUGCUGAUCUGGGCUGAGAUGUUGGAUACAGAGCAUUCGAAUGCUUAA